UAAAACAUUCCAACCUACAGCUUCAUCAAGUGCUGCACAAAGGGUCAAAGUAGCCAGUGCAUCAGCGAAUUUGGUGUAUCCAGCGUAUUCUUAGGUUUUAAAAUCACCCCGUUUCCCUCGGGCUGUGAAGAUUGUGCCAUUUUCUUUCGGAGGAACUGUUUUACGCUGGCGCUACAUGCACUGACGUCUUUUGACUCCACACUCUAUCGUCGGACAAAACUCUAGUAGUAAUUUUAUAGUUAUCGUCUGCGGUUGGUAGCUGUAAGGAUAAUGGCCCGGACGAAGCAACUGUCGAGGAAACGUGGCGGUCAGCACAGGCCAGCAGUGACGUUCUCUUCUCCUGUGAAACCGCCCUCACAACCCUGGCCGUCUGCUUUCGUCAUGAAUCAACAAAACGGACAACGCCAAGCUACAAAGGAUAAGAAUAAAAGCAGGAGGGCGACCCAAAGGCGUUUUCGUCCGGGAUGCAAAGCUCUGAAAGAGAUCCGCAAGUUCCAACACAGCACAGCCCUCCUCAUUCCCAAGCUGAGCUUCCAGCGACUGGUCAGGGAGGUCGCCUGGCGGUUCAACACGGAACUGAAGUUUCAAGUCGACGCUCUUUUUGCCCUGCAAGAAGCAGUAGAGGCCUACCUGGUGGGCUUGUUUGAGGACUUGAACCUGUGCGCCAUCCACGCCAGGAGAGUCACCGUCAUGCCCAGGGACAUGCACCUGGCUCUGAGACUGCGUGGGGAGAGACUGUCAGGGUCACUCAGUGAAAACUGAAUCUAGUUC